GCAGCGCAGACCGACAGAUCACCAGCAGAUAUGGACAAAAUGAUCGCAAAGAUGGUGGGAGACACAGCGGAGGAUGCGGUGAAGGGCGUCAUGAACAAGGUCCUGGGUAACGAAGGGCAGGAGGAGGAGAAAGGAGGGAUGGACAAGGUGAUGUCAAUGGUUGGUGGAGGGGGCGGAGGCGACGGAGGCUUCGGCCUCAGAGACGCCCUCUCGAUGGUUGGAGGAGGGGGCGAUGACAAGAAGGAGGAGGGAGAAGGAGGAGGAGGAGUCUCAGGUUUGAUGGGUGGAAUCGGCAACUUCCUUAAGUAGAGACCCUGCAGACCACAUCCUGAAGCAUCAGCUCCAGUCCAUCACACCUCCACCUGCUGACUGGUGGAGAAUCACUGCUUUCAAUGUUUACUAAUGAUUUGGAACUCUUUAAACUAAUGUUACGUACAAGUUCUACACCAUGAGAAUGUACUGACAAUGAUCUGUUGUAACUUUACUGAAGUGGGUUAUUACUUGGAACAAUAAAUAUCUACUGUCAC